CCCGUCAUUCGUGUCGGCAUCCGUAGCUGCCCCGAAUACGACAGCGAUUACUGCCUCAUCCGAAAUUCAUGCGCUGCCGAUACCUCAACGGGCAAAGUUCCCCUGCGCUUCAUGCGGAAAAAUGUGCACCAGUCGGCCGCGAGCCCACACUUGCCUACUCAACCACAUUGGCGUCAAGCCGUUCGCUUCCCAAAGAGUUAUGCGUCAAAGGCACACCUCAAGCGCCACUGUACUCCAAUAGAAGGGAAAGCCCGUUUAUCCUCUCGAGCUCUUCUUGAUACAAAUGUUCGAUCUAGGUCCCUUCGAAAUGUCUCUUUGAGGCAGUUCGCUCUCGAUGCGGGUCUGUUGCAAGAGGCUGGUAGCUUUUGA